AUGGCCUCUUUCCUUCCUGUGAACAACUCAGCGAGGAUCGAUGACCACGCCAUGGACGGAGCGACUACACCCCGCGCCAAUCCGAACGGCGUCCAGGCCACCUUGGAUCACCUUCCCCCCGCGGAGCACCACCCGGAUGGUCUGAAGACAAGCAGAGGAAGCGAGGGCUCAGUGCAAACAACCAUAUCAAUAGGACGAGCUCGGACAGCGUCCAUGUCCGACGAACAGAUGAAUGACUCGGAUGGAGAACCAGACGGAUCCGACCACGAGGGAGAACCGGGGAGUGCGCCGCCGUCAAAAAAGAAGAAGGGACAGCGCUUCUUUUGUACCGACUUCCCUCCAUGCAAUCUUAGUUUCACUCGAAGCGAACACUUGGCCCGCCACAUUCGAAAGCACACCGGCGAACGGCCCUUUCAAUGCCACUGCUCUCGACGCUUCUCUCGACUUGAUAACUUGCGCCAACAUGCACAAACGGUCCAUGUGAAUGAGGAUAUACCAGGGGAUUCCUUGGCAGCCACCGGUACUCGGUUCCAACGCCAGGUACGGACGGACCGAGUACGCCCACCAGGUCGUGCACGAGCAGGUACCACCGGUAGUGCGGGUGGUCACAGCCGGGGCCACAGUCGAAACCUAUCUACCUCCAGCAUUGCAUCUACUACUUCGACCUUUAGCCAACCUCAGGAACUUCGGCGCCGUCCUCCGCCAUUGAUGAUGGCCAACGACCCAACGACCCGCUCUCGCCUAGGACUGGACCCUAUGGGGGAGCCACCAAGUACGCCGCCAAGCCAGAUUCGAGGAGUUCCAGGAGCAUCGGCAAGUGGUUCGCCAUACACUCCGUCCAAUAUGUUCACUACCGGGGCAAAUGGUAGUCCGCAAUAUAGCUCGCCCAUGUCUGGUGCGACACAUUUCUGGGAGGGGAAGACAGCCGCUCGUCGGCUAUCUGUCCCGACGAGCAGUCAUCCUUUUCUUCCUCAACAUGCUAACGCAUAUCCGCCACAUUAUGUCAACUCGCCUGCAGCAGCAUAUCCCAACGCAGCGGGAGUUUUCGCCAGCCCCACGAGCACCAACUACCCUCCAUCCAGAGAUGAGAGUACCCUUAGUGCCGCUGAGAUAGAGAUGAGGCGGCGUACAUGGCACCCUUCGACAUAUCCUGUAUUUGGUCGACCGUCUACCAGUGGCCUGAGCCAAUACCAUACUCCCGAUACAGUCCAGCCAUCAUUUGGAGGCACUAACAACUCCACUGACCACCCACCUCGACUACCUGGGAUUGAGAGCUUCGACAAAGUGGUAUCUCAACGUCCCCUGACCCCUCCCACCCGCAAACCAAGUCCAAUGCAGAUUGAUGGCCACGGCCGUCCUCCCCCAGCCCAUGGCUUUGGUGCGGGCUUCAACUACGCCCAGCCCUCGGUUCGGCCAGCGCCUCCUAUCUCAGGGCCAGGCCAUCGACGCGGCCAUGUAUCAUGGGAUAUGUCUUUGCAUACCAACCUGACGGGUCUUGAUAUUCGAGAUCAGCGGUCUUCGAGGGAUGCCUCUCAGUGGAGUCAGCAGACUAUUGCGGAGCUCCAGAAUGUUUCUUCUCGGCCAUCGUCAUCCUACCAACCCGCCUUUGGGCCCAUGGCCGAACGAAGUCCUGAGGAGCACCGUGGCCACGCCCCAAGUCUUUCUUCUGGGAGCAUUCGACCAAACCAUACAUCCCCCGAGGACUCCAGCAGCAGUGAGGGAGUUCAUACCCCAUCCACCGCGUCGGUAGAAUAUCAUCCGGCCAUAGUACACAGCAGCGGAUAUAUUGAAUCACACGAGUCCUCGUUGCCAUCCGAUCAUCCUCAUCCGAUCUGUGGUCGACGCGACCCUCACACCGACGGCUACCCAGGCCACGCCGAGCAGGAGCCCCGAACAAACGGUUUCAACGACUCCUCUGUCCGGGAUACCGGCAUGGGUCGUCUUGAGGCUUUGGUUGCGGUUGCGACGAGCGAGAACAAAGGAGCCGCGAAGUUGUUCUUGUAA